ACCAACUCCACUUUAAUCCCUUUCCACAUACGCGUGGUAUCUGUUUUGGCAGCAUGGCUUCUUCAGCGAAAAGACGAGCAGUUGGAAUUGGAGAAAAUCCCGCUGAUAGUGAGGAUAACAGCUCUGAUGAAGGAUUGGAAAACGACGGUGAUUCAUUAGAGAAUGACAGCGGAUCAGAAGAGGAGAUCAAUGAAGAGGUCAUUGUAGACUUUGAGGCCCAUACCAUUACUCACAAUGACUACAACGGGGUCAAGAAACUCAUGCAACAGCUGUUUCUGAAGGCUCGUGUCAAUACAUCCGAGUUGACCGAUCUCCUCAUCCAGCAGAAUCAUAUUGGAAGCGUCAUCAGGCAAGCAGAGGUGCCAGAGGACAGUGAUGAUGAUGAGGAUCCAGCCGAUGAGGUGUUUGGUUUCAUCAGCAUGCUCAACCUCACUGAGAGAAAGGGUGUCCAGUGUGUGGAGGAGGUAAAGGAUCUGAUCCUGGGUCAGUGUGAGAAGAGUUGUCCCCAUAGUGUGACAGACGAUCUGGAGAAGGUCCUCAACGACACCACUAAGCCUGUGGGACUGCUGCUCAGCGAGAGGUUCAUCAACGUGCCCCCACAGAUCGCCCUGCCUCUCCACAAACAACUACAGGAGGAGUUGGCAGAAGCCCAGAGCAGCAACAAGCCCAGUGGGAAGUGUCAUUACUGCCUGAUGAUCAGUAAGACCUAUAAGGAUCCCUCCAAGACCGGCACUGCCCGAGGAGCCCCGCCGAAGGACGAGCUCACCUUCGUCAACGCAGAGGAGGAGUUCUUCUAUGAGCAAGCCACCAUGAAGUUCCACUACUCAGUGCAGGAGGAGACCGACAGCGUCCUGAGCGGGCGCUGGUCCUUCGACGACGUCCCCAUGAAGCCGCAGCGUACCGUGAUGCUCAUCCCGGCGGACAGGAUGUCAGCCGUCAUGGACAAGCUCAAAGAAUACCUGACCGUGUGACCAACCGCACAGAGUGGGAAAAAAAACUCUGGGGAACGAAACAGGACUGAUGUCUUUAAAACAAGCCCCUCUGGAUGAUUCUAUUUUGUAAAUGUAAAAUUCGAUACAAAACAUCGAAAGGAAUGGGAUCACUGGAAUCGUUUGUGUUCAGCGGAGAAUAAUGUCAUUAUGUAACGGUUCCCUUUAAACCCCAGCGGUUUUAUCAAGCAGUUUUUUUUUUUUUUUUUUAGAAAAAAAUGUAUCUUUUGACAAAAUAAAUAAUUUCAGACCUUCGGUCGUAGUUCAAAGCACUGUAUUUACAGAUUCAUGUAAAACAUAGUGAUUGUUUUAACAUUUCAGUACAAACGAUUUCGUACACAAUAUUAGGGUUAUCGAGCAAGUGACAAUUCCCCCCCAAAAAAUGAAAUGGUGUAUUUUUCUGUGAAGGAAUAUCAGCUGUUCAAACUUGAUUUGAUGGAUCUGGAUUCAUUUAUUGGGGUGAUACUCUUUUAGAAUAUAGGUUAAUUAUUUACUGUAAUAUGUAUUACCAAGGCAGUUACCACCUGACUGAAUUAAAGAUGUGAACAAUAGUG